AUGAAGGCUUCCGGAUCCCAAACCAAGAUUCACUACAAGGGUACCAAGACCGAUGAGGACUUCAUCGUCUUUGUAGACUCAGAGGAAGAUCUCAAGAAGUGGAAGGGAGACAAGAGCAUUCCUCUUGCACAAGUUGUCGGUCUCUUCAAGGUCUUCGUUACACACAAGCACGGAGCUCAAGGUUCUCAUGAUGAGGCUUCAGAGUCUCAAUUGGUGAACGAGUUCGAUACCAAGGUUGAGGAUGAUAUCAUCAAGACCAUUCUCGAGAAGGGAGAGCCACAACACGGUUCUUCAAUGGAGAAGACCGGACCCAAGAACGAUAGCAUGGGUGCAAUGAGUGCUCAUUAGAGUACUUACAUCGGAGUUGGCGAAUGGUUUGAACGGGACGGAAUGGGAUACGAUAUGAUAUGAUGUUAUUUGCAUGCAUGCAUUAUAUGACAUGACAUCGCACGAUUUUUGCUGGAGAUAUGGAUCAAUACCCUUGGAGGAAAGGAUGGGAAGAUCACUAAAAUACACUACGAUUUGAUGAGAUAUCAUAUUGCCUCUUUAAUUAGCUGGUAUUAGCACUAGUGAAGUAUCUAGUAGCUACGGAUGCUCAAUGAAAAAAAAAUGAUAAAACUCC